GUACUCUUCGGAGCAUUUUUGAAGAAGCUCAAGCAAGAGGUGAAGGUGGCCCAGCUCUCCGGCUUUGUAGCAGAGAAGAGUGCGUACCACCAUGGCGAAACCUCCUUACAGGGCACCAUCAUCGGCAUGGCGCAGCACUUCGUGGGGAGCAACAACGUGAAUCUUUUACAGCCAUCCGGACAGUUUGGGACUCGUAACCAGGGUGGCAAGGAUCACGCCGCCGCCCGGUACAUCUUCACAAAGCUGGCGCCAGCUACGCGAUGUAUGUUCCCUGAAGAGGAUGAUCCGGUCCUUGAGUACCAGUCGGAGGAGGGACAGCGAAUCGAGCCCAAGUGGUACUGUCCCGUGAUACCACUGGUCCUUGUGAAUGGAGCUGACGGAAUCGGUGUGGGCUGGAGCACUGCGGUACCCAACUACAACCCUCGUGAGUUGAUCGCGAACGUCCGGCGUCACCUGCGCGGGGAGCCUCUGCAGCCGAUGACACCGUGGUACCGCGGCUUUCGCGGGACCAUCAACGCAAUGGGAGAGGAUAAGCCUGGGCGUUUCGAGACAGUUGGAGUGGCCCAGAGGUUUGGAUCUACCCGGAUUGAAGUCACCGAGCUGCCAGUGCGAAAGUGGACGCAGGACUACAAGGAGUGGGUACUCGAGCAAAUGCAGGCUCAUGCCGGAAAGAGGGCAAUGAUCUCGGAGUUCCGCGAGUAUCAUACGGAGAACACCGUGCACUUCAGCCUGUCCAUGUUGCCGGACAAGGUGGCUCAAGCAGAACAACGUGGGUUGGAGAAGACGCUUCACCUGAAGUCCAGCAUCUCGACUACGAACAUGCACCUCUUUGAUGCCAGCGGAAAGCUCAAGAAGUUCGAGUCGCCAGAGGAGAUCCUACAAGAGUUUGCGAAGGUUCGCCUGGACGUGUACAGAAAGCGGAAAGAGUACUGCAUCGGCAAGCUCUCCAGAGAGGUGGCCACCCUGAACGACAAGGCAAAGUUCAUCCGCCUUGUGGUGGAUGAGCUGACCUUCACACAGUUCAGCCUUGUGACCUUCCCAUCCCACGAUGUUGUGGUCUGCAACGACAUGAAGCGGUGUGGACUUCGGACGAAGCAGGAGAUCGAGGCCGGUGUCGAAGAAAGGCCUGCAGCCUCCGUGAGCUCACCGAGGAGGCGUUUACGGAGCGUGAUUGAUGUCACAGACACCGAUGUGGAUCUGGCUCCUGGCCCGGCUGGCCCAGAGGGAUACGGCUAUCUGCUGAAGCUGAAGCUGUGGACUCUCACCGAGGAGCGUCUGGCUGAACUGCAGCGUCAGCUGGCGAAGAAAGGUAAAGAACUUGCGGAUCUCAAGGCCACGACUCUGGAGCAGCUGUGGGAGAAAGACCUCGUACACUUGGAGGCUGCAAUUGACAAGUUGGAGGCUGAAGAGAGAGAAGAGCAGCAAGAGGCAGCGCGCCUCAAGAAGAAGGCUGGCUACUUUGAGGAUGAUGCCUCGGUGAAUCGACAGUGUGUCCUGGUUCUGAGUGACAACUUCUCACAGAUCAAGCGCAUCCGAACUGACAAGUUCAAGGGUGUGCGCCGCGGUGGGAUGGGGAGAUCCAUCGUGCAGGCCCAGGCCAAACGGAAGAAGAAGACAAAGGAUGGACCUGCAAGCGGGGAUGACGCGGAGGCAGAGGAGGUGGACGCCGAAGAUGAAGAGAUGCCGGACGCAAUUAGUGCUGUUGGCUUCUCAUUGCUGCUUGACACCCUCGGGCAGGCGUGCCACAUAGCUCUAGCUCGUGUCAGUGCAGCCUUAAGCCGAGAACGUUUCGCAGCUUCUUCCCGUCCGAUAGUGAGCGGAAAAAAGGCGGCACCUUUCCAUUCACGCAAUUCGCAUGCCAUGGCUGCGCUGGCCGUGGCGCUACUAGCUUCAUACUUGUGGGCUGUACUUGGAGAGAGGGAGGUGCAGCCCCUCUCAGAGCCUGCGCGAAGAACGGCGACAAAGCAGGUAUGUUUGCUGCAGAGUCAGCGAGAUAUGCAAAGGAUUUAUGCCUCAAUGGAUGGGCUGCAGGAUGCGAUCUCCCACAGAAUCCUGUUUAGUAUUGGCGCUGGCCUCAGGCAUUUACCUCAGCUUCAGGCCUGCCUUGAAACCUGGGCCUCGAAGCUCCCACAAGGUGAAGUCCAGGUUAUUGGCGUGGACGCCAAGGACAGUCCAGUGGAGGCCAAAACAGUGCGUUUCGAUGCCGCGCCUGAGUGCCCCGAUAACCACAACGGCGGUGCAUGCAAAGAUGCGGUCGGCCUCGCCAACGCUUACGAACAAGGAGUAGACUGGGUAGUGCUUCUGGGCACGGACAACUACGUGCUCCCAGCUCACUUCAAGAAUGCUCUCAAGACUUUCGAUCCUGCAGAGCCGCUCAUCCUUGGCAUCAGAGGCUGUGGACGCUUCGACUGCUCUGCAGGUGGCCUCUGUGGUGGAGGAGGGCAGAUUUUUAGCCGAGCUGCAGUGCAGCAACUGCUGGCCGGAGGUCGGGAGUCUUUCGUGCUGGAACAGGGAAAGGAAUCCCGCGCCAUAGGUGGCUGGGGCGACGUGGCAAACUGUCGUGUGGCCGCGAAGCGAAAGAUACCCAUCCGAAACUUGGUUGGCCUCCAUGCGUGGCAAGUGAAGGGCCCCAUGCACAAGCGUGACCUCACUUUUCACUAUGUCAGUGCCACUGCCAUGUACGAGAUGGAUGGGAACGUCACGGGUGGCAGAUCGCUCCUUGCAGUUGACGUGUAUGAAUCGAUCCCUGAAACCUACACUAGGGACAGGGAGGCAUAUGUCCAAGCGGAGAACAUGCGCCGAAAGCUUCACAAGCGAUGA